GUUUAUCUAUAUUUAAUUACUUAUAUCCAAGCCAACACAACACAGUGUAAAAUCGAUCCUUCCAACACCCAGAGCUUAUCUAUAUUUAAUUACUUAAAUCCAAGCCAACACAACACAGUGCAAAAUCAAUCCUUCCAACACCCACUCCCCCAGUUUCUCAUUGAGUGGAUUAGGUUCUCACUGUCUAAAAUAGACAGAUUUUUUUUGUGCUUCUUCGCAAUCAUGGCGGCUCGGAGGAUAUCCUCGCUCUUAUCUCGUUCCCUUGCUUCUUCACCAGCUCUCCUUUCCAAAGGGAGGAGGCCUUCCGGUAGCAGAACAACUGGCAAAUAUAGCACCUCCGCUGCUGUUGAGGAUCCAAUUACUCCAUCUGUGAAAGUAAAUUAUACCCAGCUGCUAAUCAACGGACAGUUUGUGGAUUCAGUUUCAGGAAAAACUUUUCCUACACUGGACCCAAGGACUGGAGAAGUCAUUGCGAAUGUUGCUGAAGGUGACGCCAGAGAUAUUGAUCUUGCAGUUUCUGCUGCACGCAAGGCAUUCGAUGAUGGGCCUUGGCCUAGAAUGACUGCUUAUGAAAGGUCAAAGAUACUUUUGCGAUUUGCCGAUUUGGUUGAAAAGCAUGCCGAUGAAGUUGCAGCACUCGAAACUUGGGACAAUGGGAAAACAUACGAACAGUCAGCCAAAUUGGAAGUCCCAAUGUUUGUACGCCUCUUCCGAUAUUAUGCGGGGUGGGCCGAUAAGAUUCACGGACUCACAGUUCCAGCUGAUGGCUCGUAUCAUGUGCAGACCUUGCACGAACCAAUUGGUGUUGCGGGUCAGAUUAUUCCAUGGAACUUUCCUCUGCUCAUGUUUGCUUGGAAGGUUGGUCCAGCAUUAGCAUGUGGGAAUACUAUUGUUCUGAAGACAGCCGAGCAGACACCUUUGUCUGCUAUCUAUGUGGCUAAGCUAUUGCAUGAGGCUGGACUUCCUGCGGGCGUUCUCAAUAUUGUUUCCGGUUAUGGACCCACUGCUGGUGCUGCUCUUGCCAGUCAUAUGGAAGUUGACAAGCUUGCUUUUACUGGAUCAACCGAAACAGGGCAGAUUGUACUUGAACUAGCUGCAAAAAGCAAUCUGAAGCCAGUAACUUUGGAGCUUGGUGGAAAAUCCCCUUUCAUUGUAUGUGAGGAUGCUGAUGUGGAUAAGGCUGUCGAGAUGGCACACUUUGCUCUCUUCUUCAACCAGGGACAAUGCUGCUGUGCUGGUUCCCGUACUUUUGUUCAUGAAAAAGUGUAUGAUGAGUUUCUAGAAAAAUCAAGGAAACGAGCUGCAAACCGCGUUGUUGGUGAUCCAUUCCUAGGUGGAAUUGAGCAAGGUCCUCAGGUGGACGGCGAACAAUUCAAAAAGAUUUUGAGAUAUAUAAAAUCUGGGAUUGAAGGUGGAGCCACUCUCGAAGCUGGAGGAGAGAGGUUUGGUUCCAAGGGUUACUAUGUCCAGCCAACAGUUUUCUCGAACGUCAAGGAUGACAUGACAAUUGCACAGGAGGAGAUUUUUGGUCCUGUACAGACAAUCUUGAAAUACAAAGAGGUUGAGGAGGUGAUAAGGAGGGCAAAUGCUAGUCGCUAUGGGCUGGCGGCUGGGGUGUUUACUCAAAAUAUCGACACAGCCAACAGGCUGACCCGUGCGCUGAGAGUUGGGUCUGUGUGGAUCAAUUGCUUCGAUAUAUUUGAUGCUGCGAUUCCUUUUGGUGGGUACAAGAUGAGCGGACAUGGACGAGAAAAGGGUAUUUACAGCCUCAGCAAUUAUCUGCAAGUGAAGGCUGUUGUCACUCCUUUGAACAACCCUGCUUGGCUCUAAGAUGCUAUCCCCAUGCCUUUUCUUUUUCUCUAUUUUGUUUCAUCGUCGCCAAUAAAAUAUGUGAAGCCAAGAUGGCUGUUUAAGCCCUAUAAUGAAUGAUAAUUUGACAAAUGUUGUUUCUGCUUCUA